GCAAAACGGUCGAUGGGGAUGUUGCGGGGGCUGUGCUGACCCUCACUCACCCCUGUCAAGGCUCUGUUUGGUAUCACCACUGGCUGAGAGAAAGGACUCAUCUCACUUCCCAUACACUGGAACCCCAGGUUGCUAACUAAACAGAGCAGGUUCCAGUCAAGAGGAAAUUUUGUUUCCAUUUCUUUAUGAAUGCUUCAAGUUUGUUUCAUUCCACCAUCUUACUAACCAAAAUAAAUACAUUGUCUUGGAGGCCAUGGCUUUGGAGGCAGCAGAAGUUUUUAUCCCCCCGACUGGCUGUACCUUUAUUCCCCGUAGCAGGAAAGAAGAAUUCUUGUGAUCUUCUUGCACUAAGUGAAACAGACUUAAAAGAACAGUUUGUAAGAGGUGAUGGCCCAGGAGGUCAAGCAACUAAUAAGACAAGCAAUUGCGUGGUCCUGAAGCAUAUUCCAUCUGGGAUCGUAGUCAAGUGUCAUCAAACUAGAUCAGUGGAGCUGAACCGACAGAGAGCCAGAGCAAUCCUGCAGCAAAAAGUUGACCUCUUUUACAAAGGUGAAAAUAGUACCAUUUUUAAAGAGAAAAGAGCAGCUGAGAAGAAAAAGCAAGAAAAGAAAAAAAGAGCAAAGGAGACUCUAGAAAAGAAAAGGCAUAUUAAAGAAAUGCAAGAAUCAGAUGCCAAAUAAGUGUGAGAGAAAUUAUCGAUUUGGCUUGUCAGGAAAAGAGAAGACUGUUUGUCACUACCCUUGAAACAUGUGUUAGAAGUUUUCUGGCUUAAUACUGUUAUAAGACUUCAUAAUAAAUACUAUUAAAAUGUUGAGUUUAGUGACCUGCUAUUAGUGCAAGGCUAGAGUAUUUAGCCCAACGUUAAUAGCAGUCCUAUAUUUCAUCUUCUACUGUGGACAUCCCAGUACACUCAGAUUCAAUAUAAUCAGUUCAUUUGUGCCAAGUUUAGGACAGGUGUGAUAAGAAAACAAGAUCCAUAAGACCUUAAUUAAAUAGAUGUUAUAGGAAAACUCCAUCCAAUAUAGUUAAUGGAGGGGGGGGGGGGAAUAAGAAACUCAAGCACUAAAGCAUUAGAGAUUUUCUAAAUCUUCUCACAGUGAGGGGAGAAUAUUCUCAGCUGAUUAAGUCACAAAGAUGAGGACUUCUCCUGAAACAGUCGCUUAUGCUAUAGUCCCUACUCAAGCAACUUUUUCAUUUAAAUCAGAAUCCCCUUUAUAAAUUACAGUAGACAGAUUGGAUGAGCUAUUAAAAAAAAAAAACCUUGUUUCUAGUAGGGUUGUCAAUUAAUUGCAGUUAAUGCAAGUGAUUAAUGCAAAACAAUUAAUAUGAUUUUUUAACGAGUUAAUCACACAGCUUUGUUUUGACCAUCUUCACUUACUGUACUACAUUACUUGGUGGACAUUGGCACAGUUCUGUGUUUUCAUGAUCUAGAGUGAUUAAAUAUCAGAAAAA